GAUAUUCUGAAUCGGCAUGUUCUGCAGCACAACGUGCCGCCAGACGGGGCCAAGCGAACUCCGCUGGCCUGCCAAACCUGCCGGAGACGCAAAACCAAAUGUGACUCCAACCACCCCUGUUCCACAUGUGCAGAUACGGGGGAGCCAUGCGUGCGGGAGCCGUCUAGUAUGCAGGCGUUCAUGCCGAUGACGCGAUCUCGUCGCAAAGGCUCGCCCGGGAAUCCGGCCAACGCUCCGGAGGAAGAAGAAGACCCGGAUGGGGAAGGGAAUGAAAUGAUAUCGAGCACGGGGGGCACCCCCCCAAUGCAACCAGAUUGGGGGGCUUCGAUGAGUGUGGGUGGUGUCGCGGUUUGUCAGGUAAGUGGACCGCCCAACCCAACCCCCAUGAGAUCCUGUCCGGGUCCUGAUAACGAUGCAGUGUCGUCGUCGUCGAGGCGGAUGACCUCCACUGCCAUUACCACUCCAUCGUCGUCUGGCAGCUGGCAACUGAACGACGCUGCCGCCAGUCAAGCCCAGUUCGUCACCACCCAAAUCCGCUCGAGCGACUUUGGGCAUUUCCACCAAGCCUGGCCCUUUCUGCACGUGCCCACCUUUGCUCCCGAGAAGCAGGCCACCCUGCUGACGAGUGCCUUGGCCAACCUGUCUAUGUGGAUGCAAAACACCUAUCGCCAUCACUUGAUCCCAUACACAAUCAAUCAAGAGCUAACGCGAGCAUUGAUGCCUAAAAUCGUGAGUAUCAUGCAUCGUCGAGUCGCCCCUGCCUCGACCUUUAAUUGGGCGGCGCAGUGGACAGACAUGGCCAUCUCCACGUUCCGACAGUUGGGGGUCCUGCACGAUCAGUGGCUCCCAGACGACGGACGGCAAUCGGCGGAAGAACGUUGGGUUUUAUGUGAGCAGAUGAAACGACUGGUAUUUGCCGUUCUACGGAUCGAUGCAUACCUGUCCAUCAUUCUGGAUCGACCUCCUACCAUGCGGUACCAGGAGAUCGGGGUGCCUCUCCCCGUGUCCGAGGGCCUGUGGAGAGCCGAGACUCGGGUGGCGCGAACCCAGCUGCACUGGAGUGAGCCCGCUGGGCGAGCACGAAGUGCCUUUUGCACGAUGAUGAGAGACGGGCUCGAUACGGCGGGCUUUGUGACGGGGUAUCUGCAAAUGCCCCAUCUGUCGCUCGAGGACAACCACUUUAGCAUCUGCUCGUUUCUAUCAGAACUGUGGGGGGUCUGCAAGGAGGCUCACGAGGAGCACCAUCGGCAUUACCGCUCGCCCGAGAGAAAUCAUACAGUAGAUCAAGUAAAGAUAUGGAAAGUGUAUAUUCAAGAAUGGCGCGACCACAUCGAAAAGACCGACCGGCUGGAAGAAUCGUUUUUCGCCCAAAGUCCAGGCGACAGCAACCACUUCUUGGGUCUCAAUCUCACCUUGUACCACUUGGUCUGUCUCAAACUGCAUGCCAACCUGCGCCUCCUGGAGCAGAAGCGGUGCUGUGCUCACUGUCAGGAGAUCGACGUGGAGGAUGUCAUCAGUACUUGGGCCCAGUCCCCCGAUGCCCGCCAGGCCGUCUACCACGCCGCGCAGUUGAAGCGCAUCUAUGAGCACGAGACCAUGCUCUACAGCCCGAAUGAUCAACGACUGGGGAAUGUGCUCGGACCCGCCGGUCUGCUGGCCAGUGCCGUAGUGGUCUGUCUCUACUGUGCCAAGGCGACCAGCAUCGGCUCCAGCGCCGCCGCCACCGAAGACGACGCGUUCAAGACCCCGACCAUCGAACUGACCCAGUCCCAGCUCCCGGAGACGCCCGAGUUUGCUGAGUGGAUCUCCCAGGAGGGUGGUGGUGGUCGGGUCACCGUGGAUGGAUUGUCGUUGAAUGCCUUCUCCCUCCCUCGCUUCUCGUCGUGGUAUCGCGAACGAUUGGCCUCCAGCCCGGUCUAUUCGUCGCGACUAAUCGCCUUUCUUCUCACCCUGACGAUAUGA